UGGCGGAGGGCGGCCGGGCGCUCGGGGGGCGGAUCGGCGGCCGAGGCCGGAAUGGCGGCGCGGCUCCUUCCGUGCCGGAAAGCCGGGAACGCGGCGCGGCUCCGGCUGGCGCUGCUGCCGCAGCUGCUGCUGACGCUGCUGCUGGCGCGGCCGGCGUGGGCCCUGGUGGAGGGGCUCUACUGCGGCACGCGGGACUGCUACGAGGUGCUGGGCGUGAGCCGCGCGGCCAGCAAGGCGGAGAUCGCCCGGGCCUACCGCCAGCUGGCCCGGCGCUACCACCCCGACCGCUACCGGCCCGAGCCCGGCGACGAGGGCCCCGGGCGAACGCCGCAGAGCGCCGAGGAGGCCUUCCUGCUGGUGGCGACCGCCUACGAGACUCUCAAGGAUGAAGAAACACGAAAAGAUUAUGACUAUAUGCUGGAUCACCCAGACGAGUACUACAGCCAUUACUACCACUACUACAGCAGGCGCUUAGCUCCCACAGUGGAUGUCAGAAUUGUGAUUCUGGCCAGUGUGUGUGCUAUUUCAGUGUUCCAGUUUUUCAGCUGGUGGAAUAGCUACGACAAGGCAAUCAGCUACCUGGCCACAGUGCCCAAGUACCGUAUCCAAGCCAUGGAGAUUGCUAAGCAGCAAGGGCUGCUCAGAAAAGCCAAAGAGAAGGGCAGAAACAAAAAAUCCAAAGAGGAAAUUCGUGAUGAGGAGGAGAAUAUUAUAAAGAACAUUAUAAAAAGUAAAAUCGAUAUAAAGGGAGGCUAUCAGAAGCCCCAGAUACGUGAUCUUCUCCUGUUUCAAAUCCUCUUAGCUCCUUUUCACCUGUGCUCAUAUGUAGCCUGGUAUUGCCGGUGGAUCUAUAAUUUUAAUAUCAAAGGCAAAGAAUAUGGGGAAGAAGAAAGACUGUAUCUUAUACGUAAAUCUAUGAAGAUGUCAAAGUCUCAGUUUGAUAGUCUAGAAGAUCAUCAGAAAGAAACUUUUCUUAAACGGGAGCUCUGGAUAAAGGAGAAUUAUGAGGUCUACAAACAAGAACAAGAAGAAGAACUAAAGAAAAAGUUAGCAAAUGACCCUCGAUGGAAGAGAUACAGGAGAUGGAUGAAGAAUGAAGGGCCCGGACGGCUGACAUUUGUGGACGAGUAGCAAUUCCUGGAAUGCUGCUAUGCCAAACCUUGAUUAUGGUGUUAUUUUCAUAAAUGAAUUAUUUUAGAGAUGUAUCAACUGCCCUUCCGCAGGAACUAAAAUUCCCCCAAGUAUCUGAUUAAACAGAAUAAUGAAGAAAUUUAAACUUUAUCUUAAAAUUUUAUACAUACGACAUUUAUGAUUCUUCAAUUUUUAUAAUCUAUUUGUGGAUUUUGUUAAAAGAUUUGACAUGAAGAUUUAUUAGUUGCCAUUUAAAAAUUUUAUAUGUUUAGUUAAAAGAUUCGACAUGAAAAUGUAUUAGAUACCAUUGAAAAUUUUAUGGGUCAAGCGCUCAUUCUUCAAACGUGUUCCCUUUUGUUAUAGUGCUACAUUCUUCUGCUUUCAUGGCCUCUGAUAUUUUCGCAAAACAUAAAAAAUUAAAACAGCAUUUAAUUAUAUUAUUCUGAGUGUCUUCUAGACACAGACUUCAACAAAAUGAUUUCAGUAUCACAUCGUCUUCAUUAUAGUCAUUCUAGGAUUGAAAUAGGUUCAAAAUCUCUCUCUGAGGGAGCCUUCUGUUAGAAUGCCAUUUUACUCUUCUCCCCAGUCAUAAUGUCUUUUUACUUUUCCCCCCAGUCACAAUAUUCUUAAUAAGAUCAGAAACUCUCCAGGAGAGUGAAUCUACAGUCAUGUCCUUGUAGGAUAAUCUUGAUUGCAGUCAUUUUAGGACUAUAACUGUUUUCAAACAUUUUUCCAGAAGAGACCUCGAAAAAAGGUCUUUUGUAUCACUUCAAUUUUUAAAAGAUGAAGCAGAAAUAGGGUACUGAAAAGCUGUUCAUAGAUUAUGAAGUCCUUGAGUGGUGAAAAGAAAUCCAUUGUACAUGAAUUCAUUUACAUGCAUUUAAACCAGAAAAAGGAAUUGACUGGCUGUGUGCUGUUCUUUCAAACAAUGAAAUAUGAACGUUUCAGAUGUGGAAGUGGAACUAAUUCACACAUAAUUUGAAGCAAGUAUGAUACUGCGCCAAGGUGUCAAUACACAUUCAUGGUAGUGAUCAGAGCUCCUGUGUUUUUUGUUUGUUUAUUUUAGAUUCCUGUUAAAGGAUUUAUCCCAUUGCCUCAUAUUAAUAAAAUGGUUGCAAUAUA